AACGCACACAGUAAACACACACACACACAGUCCCGCAGUCCAACCACCACAUCGUCGCCGCCUUUCGCCAACAUCCAUCCGUUCUCGCCCACCUUCUGGCCACCGGAGCAUCUUCACGCAGCCGCCUCCGCCUCUACCUGUACCUGCACAACCACCACCGCGUCUCAUCUCGCCGCCGGCUUUCUACUUGUCGGCGCUUUUCAGCUCGCCGUCGUCCGCUUUCUCAGCUUGUCGUCCCCAUUCUCAGCCCACCAUCAGCAUCCCGCCACUGCCAUCGCCACCGCACAAAACCAGUCCGCCGUCGAGCACCUCCAUCACCACCCGCCUCCGGCAACGACUAGAUCCAAGGUGACGGAGGUCGACGGAGGUUGGCAGGCGGGACGAGGUCGUCUUCUCCGGCGGGAAGCUCGUCUUCUCAGCGGGACGAGGUCGUCUUCUCCUGCGGGACAGCUCGUCUUCUCCGGCGGGACAACUCGUAUUCUCCGGCGGGACGAGGUCGUCUUCUCCUGCGGGACGAGGUCGUCUUCUCCGGCGGGAUAG